GAACCAGCCCGGGCUUCCCAGUGCGCAUGCGCAGCCCCUGACUUACUCCGAGGCUGCAACUGUCAUGGCGGUGACGGUCUUGUAGCUCCCUUACCUUCCAUCCACCUAACCCGGGGAGCAGCGAGCAGGAAGCGAAAGCGACACAGCAGCACACCGAACGCCGUCUCUCGGCCGAGCGGGAGCGCCACCUGAGGCCAUGGCGAGCGAGGAGACCUCCGCCACGCCGGGCAACGUGGCUCUCAACCCCGCCGUGCCCAUUCGGGGCAUCCGCAUGAAAUUUGCCGUGCUGACCGGUCUGAUGGAAGUCGGGGAAGUGUCCCACCGGGACGUCGUGGAGACCGUCUUCAACCUGCUGGUCGGCGGACAAUUCGACCUGGAGAUGAACUUCAUCAUCCAGGAGCCUGACAGUAUCGUGUGCAUGGUGGAGCUCUUGGACAAGUGUGAGCUCACCUGCCAGGCCGAGGUGUGGAGCAUCUUCACCGCCAUCCUCAAAAAGAGCGUUCGCAACCUGCAGGCGUGCACCGACGUGGGCCUCAUCCAGCUGGUGCUGCAGCGCGUGUCGGCCACUGACAGCAUGAUCGCAGACCUGCUGGUGGACAUGCUGGGCGUGCUGGCCAGCUACAGCAUCACGGUCAAAGAGCUGAAGCUGUUCUUCAGCAAGCUUCAAGGAGAGAAAGGCCAGUGGCCUCGUCAUGCAGUGAAGCUUCUGUCAGUGCUGAAGUACAUGGCUCACAGGAAUGGACCUGACUCCUUCUUCAGCUUCCCCGGGAAAAACGCUGCUGCCAUAGCUCUUCCACCUAUUGCAAGGUGGCCAUACCAGAACGGCUUUACAUUCCAUACGUGGCUGCGCAUGGACCCUCUCAACAACAUCAAUGUGGACAAAGACAAGCCUUACCUCUACUGUUUCCGCACCAGUAAAGGCCUCGGCUACUCGGCACACUUCGUGGGCGGCUGCUUGAUCGUGACCUCGUUAAAGUCCAAGGGGAAAGGAUUCCAGCACUGUGUGAAGUUUGACUUCAAGCCGCAGAAGUGGUACAUGGUGACCCUGGUGCACGUCUACAACCGCUGGAAAAACAGUGAAAUUAGCUGCUACGUCAACGGAGAGCUGGCCUCCUUCGGGGAGAUCGCCUGGUUCGUCAACACCAGCGACACGUUUGACAAGUGCUUCCUGGGCUCCUCCGAGACGGCGGACGCCAACCGUGUCUUCUGUGGCCAGAUGGGGGCGGUCUACUUAUUUGGAGAGGGCUUGAAUGCCGCUCAGAUCCUGGCCAUCUACCAGCUGGGUCCAGGUUACCAGGGCACGUUCAAGUACAAGGCCGAGAUUGACUUGCUGUUCGCGGAGCACCACAAGUCCCUGCUGUACGACGGCAAGCUGUCCUCCUGCAUCGCCUUUGCCUACAACCCUCGCGCCACAGACGCCCAGCUCUGCCUGGAGUCCUCCCCGAAGGACAACGCAUCCAUUUUUGUCCAUUCGCCACAUGCGCUCAUGCUCCAGGAUGUGAAGGCGGUGGUGACUCAUUCGGUUCAGAGCGGCAUACACUCCAUCGGCGGAGUGCAGGUCCUCUUCCCACUCUUUGCACAGCUGGAUUUUUGCCAGCCCUCCAGCCACGAGCUGGACACCUCUGUCUGCUGCACGCUGCUGUCCUUUGUCAUGGAGCUCCUGAAGAACUCUGUGGCUAUGCAAGAGCAGGUUCUGGCCUGCAAAGGCUUCCUGGUCAUCGGGUACACUUUGGAGAAGUCCUCCAAGGUCCACGUGACGCGGCCCGUCCUGGACAUCGUCCUGGCCUUCUCCAGAUACCUCAGCAACUUGCAGAACGGCAUCUUGUUGCUCAAGCAGCUGUGCGACCACAUUCUGUUCAACCCUGCCAUUUGGAUCCAUGCCCCUGCCAAGGUGCAACUCAGUCUGUACACGUACCUGGCCACAGAGUUCAUCAGCACCAGUGACCAUCUACAACGCCAUCCGCAGGGUGGGCACCGUGCUGCAGGUCAUGCACACGCUCAAGUACUACUACUGGAUCGUCAACCCGCAGGAUCGCAGCGGAGUCGUGCCCAAAGGCCUCGACGGCCCGAGGCCCACCCAGAAGGAGAUACUGUCUUUGCGAGCCUUCUGCUUUUGUUCGUCAAGCAGCUCAUAAUGAAGGACCACGGUGUGAAGGAGGAUGAGCUACAGAGCAUCCUCAACUAUCUCCUCACCAUGCAUGAGGAUGACAAUCUAAUAGAUGUGCUGCAGUUGUUGUGGCAAUGA